AAUCACGUGACCAAAACAACAUGGCGGAAAAAAAGUGAAGUUUUCUGCUUUGCUAUAAAAUGUUAAAAACCGACAAAAAACUUCGCCUGAAGACCAAAAAUGGACGUUUUCUGAAUGUCGUUCGUGAGCAUUACCUACGUGAUGAUGUAGCAUGUCACAGUCAAGCCUGUCAGAAAUGUCAACAGCAACAGGAAAAUAUUGGUGAGGUUCUGUUAUCAUCUGACUUGACCCAUUAUGUUGUACCAGAUAUCGAGGUCACUUCAUCAUUCUUGGAAUUAUUUGAGUUUCCUGAAAUUCAAGGAGUGAUAUUCUUUCAAACAGUAAUCAACCAUCUACAGCACCAUGGCAGUCGAAAACUCGUCAACAGGAUAAAAGAAUUAACAAAAGACAAACGACAUGGCUGCGUUAUCUUCUCUAAUGAGUUUUGCAAAGGAGCAUACACCAAAAGACUUGCCGGAGAAACCCUUCAAGAAUGGCAACAAAGGAAUAUAUUUUCUGGUGCUAAAUGGUACUACAAUCACCUUAAAGAUCGUAUUCCCAUUGUCAUGGUAACCAAUGAUAGACAGUCAAUCGAUCUGUUUAGCAAUCAAAUUCUUGGCGUAUUUGUGUUGAGCUUGAAAGAUUAUUUGAAUGACUUUUAUUCUGGACACCGGACUAUAUUAGAUCUUUAUGAUUCCCUACGAGCUGUCAUAGAUGAAGAAAAAUCUGAUCAACAAGUUUCAGAUUUAGAUGCAAAGAAUUAUGUGGAAUAUUUACCCCUUGAUGUCCUUGAAGCUGGUAUUAAAUCUGGCAGAUAUUAUCAAGGCUGUCUUAAUGUUAACAAACACAAUUCACAAUCAGAAGCCUUCAUACAAAGACAGAGUGAGAUAGCAUCUUCUAGUAAGAGUAGCUUAGCCUCUGAUAUCUUGAUACAGGGAAUGGUGAACAGAAACCGUGCCAUUCAUGGAGACAUUGUUGUUGUUGAAUUGUUUCCUAAACCAAUGUGGAAAGGAAAGUCUACAGCACUGAACACAAACGAAGAUACACAAGAUAAUGAAAGAGAGACAAGUGAUGUCUUGCCUACUGGUCACGUGGUUGGUGUUCUGCAGCGGAACUGGCGGGAUUAUAUGGCAACAUUUUCUGAGGAAAUUCAGAUACAAAGUCAAAAGUCAAACAAGGUUCUGGUAGCACCAUGGGACUAUCGCAUCCCGAGAAUACGUAUUUCUACCCGACAAAUAGAUUCCUUGCGAGAUCACAGAAUCGUGGUGCGCAUUGACUCAUGGGAUAUCAACUCAAUGUAUCCCAAUGGGCAUUUCGUUCGUUCUCUGGGUGUAAUCGGAAAUCUAGACACUGAGAUCAGUACUAUCAUGCUAGAGCAUUCGUUGUUUGCACCACCGUUCACUGACAGCCAGCUCAAGGAGUUGCCUAGCAACCGCCCAAAUGCACCCUGGGUAAUGGAUCCAAAAGAGAUCGAGAAGAGACGAGACUUAAGGUCGUCUCAUCUGGUGUUCAGUAUCGAUCCUAAAGGGUGUGAAGACGUUGACGAUACCUUGUCAAUCAGAAGUCUUAGUGGAGGAAGGAUCGAGCUUGGAGUACACAUAGCAGAUGUUACAUAUUUUGUUAAACCAGGAUCCUUGACAGAUGCUGAAGCCCGUUCAAGAUCAACCACAGUGUACUUGGCUGAUAGAAGAUACGAUAUGCUUCCUGAAGUACUAAGUGCUGACUUGUGUUCACUUAUCAGUGGAGUAGACAGAUACGCCAUGAGUGUGAUAUGGGAGAUGGAUUCUAGUUAUAAUGUGAUCAAUGCCUGGUAUGGACGAACAGUCAUCAGAUCAUCCUACAAGCUGUUUUACGAGGUUGCUCAGGCCAUAUCUGAAGGCCAAGUCACCAGACAGGAAGUGAUCGCUGAUGUGCCUGAACUACAGGGAAUGAGCGAAGACAAGGCUUUAGAAAGGCUUAAAGAGCUAAGAUGGUCAAUCAUGAAACUGAUGGAAAUAGCAAGACACUUGAAAUUCAACAAGACAAUAGAAGGUGCACUAGAAUUGGAAGGACUUGAAGUACAAGUCCAAUUAAACGAGAAUAAAGACAUCAAAGAUCUGUCUCCGAAGAAGCCUCUUGAGGUACACGAAACCAUUGCUGAAUGUAUGAUCUUUGCAAAUCACUGGGUUGCCAAGAAAAUAGCACAAGUCUUUCCAACUGCUUCUCUGUUACGUCGCCACCCACUGCCUCGACAGCAGUAUUUCUCAGAUCUCAUUCACUGCGCAGAAUCAAGAGGAUUUUCCAUCGAAACAAGUUCCAACAAGCUGUUGGCAGACUCUUUAGAUGAAUGUGUUGAUCCUGGCGAUCCUACCUUUAACAAGAUUCUUCGUACUUUGGCCACCCAAGCCAUGUCAAAUGCUUUGUAUUUUUCAACUGGUUCUGUGUCUCCCGAGGAGUACUUUCAUUAUGGGCUGGCUCUUGAUCGUUACACACACUUCACUUCACCUAUUCGUAGAUAUGCUGACGUCAUCGUGCAUCGGUUACUGAUGGCUGCGGUGGGGACUGGUGACAAAACGUGCCUAUUAAAUAACAAAGAACUAGAGGAGCUGUGUCAUCAUAUUAACACUAAACACAGAGCAGCCCAACUGGCACAAAAGGAAUCUGUCCAGUUAUUCGAGACCCUGUUUUUCCAGUCCAUGGAAGAGAAUGAUGAACGGCGUAUUGUUGAUGCCAUCAUAUUUAGCAUUAGGUCCAAUGGGUUGUUAGUUUUCGUACCAAAGUACAGUGUAAAAGGUCCAGUGUACUUAAAAGAUAAAAAUGGACAAGUUGUCACGCCAUCUUAUCAUACUGAUGACGGCGUGAUUUUUGGUCCAGGAACAUUAGUCCAGCACAAGUACCACGUUACCGUACAUCAUUCAUCAGGGACAAACACCUUUCAGUUAUUCGACCAUGUGCAGGUACGGGUAUCUGUAUUAGAAUCAAGAGCACACUGUCAGUCAUUGAGGAUGGAUCUGAUCUCACUUAAGACAAGACGAACUCCCCCUUCAGGGGAACUUAUUGAUAAUGUCCAGUCCAACAAGAUGAAGAGAUCUCAACUCGUAAAGGAAGUGCAAAACAAGCAGGAGAAUAGCGUAACACGUGACCUUGACGUCAGCGACGAGUACAAGGCCUUGGUAUCAGAGUACGGUCAGACACAUCCUAGUGUUAGUCUGUACGCCUUGAUGGAACAUUUUAGAGAAAUGUCACUAACAAAGGAUUGACAUAACGAUAUCAAACCGAACAAUAAUCGAUUAGUAUGAAAGACCACAAAGCUAUCAUACAAACCUAGUCUGUAUAUCACUAAUAGAGGAUUGACAUAACGAUAUCAAACCGAACAAUAAUCGAUUAGUAUGAAGCCGACGUUAACCUUGGUGCUUGCAGAUGAAAUCCUAUCAUGUCGGUAAACCAAAAGAGAUUGGAAUCGAUAAGAGAAAAAUAAUUAAAAUUAUUGUAACUAUAAACAAACGAAACAAACUUCUUUAAGACUCUUCUGAAGGUGAAUUCAUCAGGAUUAUAGCUAUCGACUUAGCAAACCAAAAUAUUCUUUGUAGAUAUGACCGAUUAAGGCGGAUCAAAGCAAAAAGGAACCCGCACUAACUUGCAUACUUUAUUCAUUCAUACGAUACUCAAAACCCUUGUUUGCCUUCAAACUCUGUUUAAAUAAAUCUGAGAUUGAACAGACA